AUGGAUCAAUUACCAUCAUUUGCAGGAGAUGAUUCAUAAAUAACUUAUCUUUUUGCAUGGGGACGCAACAAAGAUGGAGAAUUGUCAAUUGUAAAAUAGGAUAUCAAUAUUUUGAUUAGGGUAAUCAAAAGAAAUGCAAUGCCCCAAAAGCAGUUCAAGGAUUGAAGAAUAAAACAGUUUAAUUGAUUAUUUCAGGUUCAAAUCAUUCAGGAAUUGUAACAUCUGAUGGUCAACUUUUUAUUUGUGGUUCUGCAUUACACGGUUUGCAAUCCAAAUUUAAAAAAUAAUUUAAGUAAACUUGGUUUUGA